UCGGACUGUAUUUGUAGGCGCACAGACGCACCUUGAACUUUCCCGUCUUUUCCUCUCUUUUCUCCCCUCAUGAAGGAUGUCUAGCCUCGCGCGGCUGCUCCGGGCCGCCCGCCCCGCCGGCGGAUGGGGGUCACGCGGCGCACGCGCAGAAAACCGCCUCAUUUUUGGUCCGAUAACGAACUUUUUACGGCGGAGUUCGGCUUCGGUUCCGCCCCCAAGUCAGACCGACUCUCACAGAGCCUGUUCCGGUUCUGCCGGGACGGUCCGGAUCGGCUGCGCCUCCGGGUUCUGGGGGGACACGGCCACUUCAGUGCCUCAGCUGAUCUUCGGCGGGAGGCUGGACUUCCUGGUCUUCGACUACCUCAGUGAGAUCACCAUGUCGCUGCUCACCGCCGCCAGAACCAAGGCGCCUAACCUGGGUUACGCUCCAGACUUUGUGCACGCCGCUCUGGCGCCGUUCAUCAACGACAUCCACAGGAAAGGGAUCCGUAUCGUCAGCAACGCAGGCGGGGUGAACCCUUUGGCGUGCGCCGAGGCCAUACGGGAGGUCGUCAAGAAGGCGGGGCUUAACCUCAAGGUCGCCGUGGUGACGGGCGACGACCUCAUGCCGCGGAGGGGCCGCAUGGCGGAAGUCCAGAUGGCGGACGGCGAGGGCAUGCAGCCGCUGCCGCGGACGCUGCACAGCAUGAACGCCUACCUGGGGGCCCAGCCCAUCCGCCGCUGCCUGGACCUGGGCGCCGACGUGGUGGUGACGGGACGCUGCGUGGACAGCGCCGUGGCGCUGGGGCCGCUCAUGCACGCUUUCGGAUGGAGCAGAAGCGACUACGACCUUCUGGCAGCAGGAAGUCUCGCAGGUCACCUGAUCGAGUGUGGCGCCCAGAGCACAGGCGGCAUCUUCACCGACUGGCACAGAGUUCCUGACUGGGACGUGAUGGGCUUCCCGGUGGUGGAGUGUUCGCCCGACGGCUCCUUCGUUCUCUCCAAGCCUCCCAACACCGGCGGCCUGGUCUCCUUUGGAACGGUGGCCGAGCAGCUGGUGUACGAGAUCGGCGACCCGCGGCGAUACCUGCUGCCCGACGUCACCUGCGACUUCAGCCAGGUGGUCCUCCAGGAAGUAUCCGGAACAGAAGGAGGAGCCGUCAGCGUCCGUGGAGCCAGAGGAUUCCCUCCUCCAAACGACUACAAGGUGUGCGCCACUUACCUGGAUGGCUUCAGAGCCACGGCGGUCUGUCCGGUCGGAGGUCCGAGGGCGGCGGAGAAGGCCAGGCGGACGGCGGACAGCCUCAUCAAACGGACGCGGCGUCUGUUCCAGCUGCUGAAUCUGGACGACUUCAGCGCCGUCAACGUCCAGAUCCUGGGAGCUGAGGACACGUACGGCCACAACGCUCGCAACAAGGAAUCCAGGGAGGCCGUCAUCUGGAUGUCCGUCCACCACAAGCAGAAGAAAGCCCUGGAAGUCUUCUCCCGGGAAAUCGCCUCAGCGGGAACCGGCAUGGCUCCUGGGCUCACUGGCAUUGUUGGAGGACGACCCAAAGUGUCUCCUGUUCUGAAGCCGUUUUUCUUCUUGCAGCCCAAAUCUCAGCUAACGGUGGACAUCCACCUGGGUGGAAAGCUGGUGGAGUCCCUCACAGAGGCUGAACCUGACACACCUGUGAGAGAUGAAGCCCCUCCCACCUCAGCAGAAGACACACCUGACACAGAGCUGCCCAGCGGACCACACAGCUACAGGCUGGAGGAGCUGGCGUUCACCAGGAGCGGAGACAAAGGAGACUCGGCUAACAUCGGGGUUGUGGCCCGUCAUCCCCUGUUCUUCCCUUACCUGAAGCAACACCUGACCCCCGCCGUUGUUCACGAGUACUUCUCCCACCUCAUCGAACCGGGACACCACAGCGCGGCGGUCACACGGUACACUCUGCCUGGAAUCCACGCACUCAACUUUGUCCUGCGGCGAUCGCUGGGCGGGGGAGGGGUGGCGUCUCUGCGCAGCGACCCCCAGGGUAAAGCCUACGGACAGAUGCUGCUGGACCUGAGGCUCAGCGGCCUGCCGGACCUGAAGUCCCUGGUGGACUGAGGACCGGCGACAUCCUGGAGCAGGAAAACCUUCUUUGAAAGCUGUGGAGUGACCAGAUCUGUCGCCACCAGGAGCUGAUCAAAGCGGCCGCAGGUCCUCACGGCAGCAGCAAACGUUUAGACAGUGUGGACCUGAGUGGAGACCUUUGACCCCCCAGGCCUGCCGACCGGUCCUCAGGCUUCCCUCUGCAGAGGAUCUGCCCCGUCUCCAGAUAUUGGAGGAGACGCUGGCUGCGUCUUUCACCUCCCGGUGACCCGCGCUGAUGCUGGCAGGAAUGUGCGGCGGCUCUCAAAGCCACUGAGUCCUAAUUGCAUCCAGACCGGACCUGAAGCCGGAGCCGCCGCAGCUUCCGGCCUUUUUCAGCGCGAUCCCCCGUCCAAACCUGCCGGGGCGUCUCGGGUUCCCCUCUGGCUCCUCUUUCAUGUCUGUUCUCCGGGAGCUCCAGGCCUGACCCCUCAUGUUCCAGCAGAAUCACCGCUGACCUCCGCGUGUCAAACUUUCCCCUGAACCGGUGGAGCUGCUGUCAGCCGUCUGCUGGAGACGAAUGACCAGAAAGCCCAGUCUGUAUUAAAACCAUAAGAAACGUCAGAAAGACAAACUGAAGCAGAGAAUAAAUCGUCAUCCACUGUAAAGGGGGAGCCCGGUGUGCUGUUUCCCCACCAAACACAAAUGAAACACAAAUGUUGCCACUUUACAUGAAAAAGGCAGAAUAAUGAGCUGUGGGUUCACAUCUGUCCAACAUCCCGCCUCCACAACAGCAUUCCAGGCUGCAGCUCUGUUCCUGGCAGCCUGUUUGGCGUUUAUGAUGGACGUUCUCACACAGGUAGAUUCAGACUAAUGACUGCCGUUCCUUUGGUUUGGGCUUUAUUGUCAUCUAUAAGGAAUUCCUUUGUUACGGUUCCAGAACAGAAAACUGAUCUGAUCUGUUAAAAACACGAAAUGCAGUUUAGUUUAGGCUCAAAUGGAGGCUGAAGGAAACCGGCUCAGACGUCACGUUCAGCUCUUCACCUUUGAUCACAGCCAGCAGAAACUCACAAAUACAGGAUUUGGAAUAAACGUUUUGGUGCUAACCUCUGGAAAAAAAAGCAGACAGGAGUCCUAGAAUAGAGCCGUGUGGAACACCACAAGCUUAUCAAAAUGUUUGUUUUGUGGGGAAUAUGUAGGGAAUUCUUUUUAAUGAAUACUUGCCAAAUAUUUUUAUUUUUUAAACAGCGAUUGUGAAAACGUACAACUUCAAGCUAAUUUUUUUAAUCAUCAAAUUGUUUUUAAUUCUUUUCACUUUCAGAUAAAUAUUUGUAAACAGUUUUUACGUGAAAACAUCAAUCAAAACGUUUACAAAUCAUUUAUAAUUUCAAAUAAAAACAUCAUGACAAAAGUAAAUCACUAGAUUAUAUUUUUAAAUACUAAUGAAAACUAGUCAUGGAACAGAAUAUAUUUACUUUUUACUCAAACUUUCUUUCAUAACAAAAUGAUGUUUUUUGUUCAUUUUCCUAAUCAUUUUUUUGAAUAAAUAAAGUUCUUUUCUGAAGGAUUAAAUGAUCUGAUUUCAUCGUAUUUGUCGUCACGGACAGAUGCAGGAAAACGUUUGACCUCUUGAACCUGAAACUCACUUUUCCUUUGGUUGGUUUCUGGUUUCAGUGAAAGUUCAUUUCAAACGUUCACGGCGCCUUCAUGACGACUUCCUGUUGACGUUUGUCAUCCUGGUUUUGAUCAUUUACUUCAUUUGUGAAUCAUUCUGUCAGAUUUGAGAAAAGAAAAUGUCUGAAGAAAAAAAUAAAAGCCUUUGAUGUGA